AUGGAGAAAAAUAUCAUGUCGAAAGUAACGUUCAAGAUUACCUUGACUUCAGACCCAAAACUCCCUUUCAAAGUGCUCAGCGUACCCGAGGCAACACCAUUCACAGCGGUACUGAAGUUCGCCGCGGAGGAGUUCCGAGUCGAGCCGGCCACCAGUGCCAUCAUCACUGACGAUGGUAUCGGAAUCAACCCUCAGCAGACCGCAGGUAAUGUUUUCUUGAAACACGGAUCAGAGUUGAGGUUAAUCCCACGGGACCGAGUUGGCACUGCCUCCACUUAA